AUGGCGCCUACAGCAAAACCGCGCGUGCCGAAUAAGGCAGCCUCCAAGCAUUUGAAGAAUACGGUUCGUGUACCACUUGUCAAGCACGGGCAGAAGCGCCCGCACGCUCGAUCGACUAGUGAGCUCGCCGCAAAAAGCAAGGGAGCCCUGUUGGGCAUUGUAAAAGACUAUGCCGUGAGCAAAGCUCCAAAACUGAUCAAAAGUCUCGCUUUGAAAACUGCCAUCGCAAAAUGGAUCGAGAGCAUAGAAACGCUCGCUUUGGGCCCACACCCGGAGAAAACAAAGAAGGAAGAUCUUGUCGAAGCAUUUGGGCUCAAGACAACAGCCCCAAAAACGAAAGGCAACAAAGUGGGGAACGAUGCACCAAGCAAGAAACCUGCUCAGAAGAAAGCAGCUUCGCCUACUGAAGACAAGGAAGUUGAGGAGAGGAACGGGACUUUGAACGCUACGUUCAGCACUGCGUUCUACCCAGCGCAGAUCUUGGACACUCGUGUGCCUAAAUUGGAGGAGGCGCUGGUGUUUUUCGGAACGAACAUUCCGCUGUUGCCGCAGGGUGGACAGAGGUACUUGUAUGGCGCUGGCACGAUUGAGGUAACGCAUACGCUGAACGAGCAGUUGACGCAGGAAGAGCUGUUGCAGGGUGCGGAGGCGUAUGGUCUCAUUCUAAGGCACCUGUUCCCAGAAGAAUGA